AUGUUAACAUUAUUUCCAAUUUUUAUACUCGCUCACUUUUGUUCUGCCGACAUCAAAAGUGAUCAUGAGAUAAAGUCCUUGCCCUUGCUGGAUUGGCAACUAAACUUCAAGCAAUAUUCUGGACGGUUGAAUGUUUCGGACACUCGGAGUUUGUCUUACUGGCAAGUUUGACAACAAAGAAUCUGGAACAUCCUAUGCUACUCUCAGAAAUUUAAUUUUUUUAGGUUAGUAGAGUCGCAAAGCAACAAAGACAAAGAUCCUUUAGUGCUAUGGUAUGUCUGCGUUUAGCCUACUCAGUACUUACACUUAAAUUUAGGAUGAACGGAGGACCUGGCUGCUCGUCUUUCUUUGGUUUGCUGAUGGAGCACGGACCAUUCAGGUUAACGGACGGGAUGGAUAUUAACCUAAAUUUGACUAAAAAUCCAGACUCUUGGAACAAUGUGAGAUUACCACAUAUCUAUAUUUUACUAGUAACCUUUAUAUAAAUAUGUAUUCGCAGUUUGCCAACGUUCUGUAUCUUGAGACUCCGGCAGGCGUUGGGUUUUCUACGAACAGCGAUGUUGAACACACAAACUACAGUGACGACACUGUAAGUUUAGACGUUGAAAAUCAUCAAACCCGGCUAUAAUGAGUUGUUUCAGACCGCCGAGGACAACUUGACGUUUCUCCGCAAGUUCCUCGAAGCCUACCCGGAAUACAAAGGUCGUGAUUUCUAUAUUACCGGAGAGAGCUAUGGUGGAUGCCUGGUGCCCUCAUUGGCAAAUCACCAGCUUCUGACAAAGGAGAAAGUCGAUCUGGUAUUGAAGGUAAGUGAAAAUGCUCUUAAAUGAUGUAUAAACAUAACUGUAUCAUUAACACAACUUCCAGGGAGUCGCGAUCGGCAACGGGGUCACAGAUGACCGAUGGGAUUCGUACGUACCGCUGGCCCUAGGCUUUCACGGCGCUAAACAGACCUUGCUUCAACUGGGGCAAUGGAUGAGAGAAUAUUGCCCCAGUGGAUUUGACAAUCUGUGCGAAGGCGGGAAGGUCCCAGAUCAACCUAGUAGCUCACUCUUUGACCGUUAUUCUGCUCUGAUGAAUAAUCCAUACGAUGACAGAAUCAAUGAGUACGAUAUCAAUCGUCCAUGUUUUAACAAUUUCCUCUGUGGUGGGAAUAGCAUUGACAAUUACUUGAAUCGACGGGAUGUUCAGAAAGCGAUGCAUUUCGCCACAGAUGACGGAGACACUACUACUUGGAACAUGUGUAACAUGUAAGAAAACUGGGCCUGUGUUACUAAUCUCAACGAUUUAGGGAUUUAAAUAAAGCAUACGACAAAUGUAAGGACAUAACAGACGUGGUCAGGAACUUGAUGAAAAACGAGUUGAAGAUACUGUACUUUUACGGUGAAACCGGUAAGUACCGUUAUAACCAGUGAAACUAACACUUAUAGAUACGGUAUGUCCUUUCGUAAUUGGUGAUCUGUUUACUCACAAGAUUGGAAAGAAUCCGAAGACAGCACCCUGGUUUGUUGAUGAUCUUUAUGCUGGAACAAAGACAACUUUUGACGGAAAUUUGACUUAUACAACCAUUGCUGAUUGUGGGCACAUGGCUGCCGGGUGGAAGCCAAAACAAACCGCCAGAGCUGUUCAUCAUUUCAUCAACGAUAUUCGCGAUUGGAAUAAUUAA